AUGGCGACGAGCAAGCGAACGACGGACUUUGUGAGCGGCCUGCAGGAGAGGUCGUCGUCGCGGGAUAAGAAACCGAGCCUAAGCCUGUGCUACCGGAGCGCUUUUUUCCAGCGGCGGAUCGACGACAGCGGGGUGAUAACGCACAGCCCCAGCCGAGUGAGAAGCGCCGCCGUGGAGAAGCAAUCGUUCCGCGAGGACGGGUUCUACUCGAUCUCGGACAAUCCGCUGACGAGCCGGGUGGUGAAGCCUUACCCCUUGGAGAGCCAGAUCAGCUUUCGGUCAGAGGACGAAGGAGUGGGAGUUGGGAAAGCUUACGGCAAGCUGCUGGAGAUCGCCGUGAGGGACGUGGUCGUCCGGGACGAGGAGGGCACGGCGACGGGCACGGCGUUGCAGGUGGCGAGCGUGGCGCUGCUGUUCCGGGGCAAGGUCAUCUGCCGGACGAGCCAGCCGUUCAACCGAAAGCUGCACAAGUUCUUUGUGAGGAACGCCCUGGACUCGAGCAACUUUAGCAUGCAGGUGCAGAGCCAGGGUGGGGCUGCGAGUGGUCUGUUGCCCCUGCCGUUGCCCGAGAGGCGGGCCAAGCAGCGCCGGAUGGAGAUUGAUUUUUCCAUGAGCGAUGCCACCGGCCGGCCGCGUUCCGGCCUCGUUGUGUGCACCGUGUCGCUGAGCAUCGUGGGCUCGGAUCCCGAGAGACCGGAGCCGAGCACGUACCUGUACACGCCCUCGGCGAGUGACCCCAACGACCCGAGGAACUGCUUCUCGCUGGCGCAGCUCAGGCGAGACAGGCACCAGAGCGCCAGGCAGGCCCGGUACUUUUUGCUACACGAUCCGGCCCUGUGUCUCGCGACGGCGCUACCGCCCAGCCGGCCCGGGGAGCGACAGGAGGCGAGGCGGCUGCAGGCCGAGAAGCCGGACACGGUGGUGGCAGAGCAGAUGUUCUCACUGCUGGACAUAUCGGUGCGCAGCUGGUUCCAGGAGAGACGGCCACUCCGACCCACGUCGAGGAGCAGUGCCAUACCGAAGCCGCACCACGCCGGGCGUUACAGGCAGGUGUUCACCGUGACGAUACUCCGGGGCGUCGAGGUCCCGCUCAGGGAGGAGUCGGCCCUCGUACAGCCGAUCGUCGAGGUCGAGUGGGCCGACAUGCUGCGCUGCACCACCACCUCGGACGGCCCAGCCCCCGUCUGGCAGCAGACCCUCCAGUUCGAGAUCCCCACCUCCAAGCCGAUGAGCUACGAGCCCUGCGUACAGCUCCGUCUGUUCGACCAGCACCCGGUCUGGGGUCUGCAGUGGCUCGGGGAGGCGCGAGUGCCGCUCGAGAGCGACCAGGGCAGUUUGCAGCAGUUCGAGCGCUGGAUCGGCCUGUCCUCGCUCUACAGUCCGAGCGUCUCGUUCGGCUACGUCCAGGCGAGCCCGGGCCACUGGCACACGCGCAUCUACGUUCUCAUGAAGCUCGAGCAGGUGGGCACCCUCGGGACCCGCGAGAUCGACACCAGCUCGGUGGACGCGCUCUGCAAGGCCAUCCAGCGCUGCCUCGUCGUGCCGUACAGGCUGGCCGAGGUCGAGGGACCCGAUGACGCGGCCAACCUCGUCAUGCUACUCGCGCCCCUGCCCGUGCACUACGGGCCCCUUACGCCCAGGCAGGCCCUCAAUCUCAACAAGGUCGACCACUACGGCCGCUCCGCCCUCCUUGCCGCCCUCCUCGCCGCCCUUGGCCUACAAUCUUACGUGCUCCUUGGAUCCUCGCAGACGAGAAAGUGGGCCUCUUACGCCCUGACGAUAGCCGAGAACGCGGACGCCACCCUCUGGGACGCCGAGAACGGCGAGCACUACGACCUGCAGGACAACCGAUGCUCGCUCAUAAGCGUCUCGCGCAUCAUUAACCAUCACAACAGACUGAAAAACGAAUCUCUACUUGGAAUAUGUGUAAAAUAA